UUUCAGUUCAGUUCGGCCGGUCUUUUAGUAAACAUGUUUUCUUCGUCCAGAGAGCUACCUUAAUUCAGUGGGGGAAACGCCAACAGAGUACAAUGUGUGUGAAAGCUGGGAAAAGGGAAAAGGAACUUUGUGUUUAAUUGAGGAAAAUCGUUUUUCGGCCAAUGCUAAUCUGACUUCGCGAUACAGUUGACUGGGUGUUGAACUGGGUGUUGAACAAUCAAAUUCAAGUGUGUUUUUUGAAUGGGAAAUUUCGGAAAAGUGUUCUAAAAAUAUGAGUUUUCGUGAUUGAAGUCAUUCGACAGAUUUGGAAAGGAUCAGAUUUUAUCAUAAUUGGGGGGAGCACCCUCCCAGCCCCAUAGUACUGAUUGAUACCCAGCAAUUAUUUUCGGAUUGUGGUCUGCUCGCGUGUGUGGCAGUUUCCCAUACGUUGUGAGGUCCUGGAUUCCAGAACACAACCCCAAUGUAGUAAAUGCAAGUUGUUUUGUGUCUAGUAUGUUUCCGUGCUACUAUAAUCGCAUCGUGCAGCCAACUCCAUGUUUGAAUUUGAACAGAUAAAGUCUAGCGCACGCUGGCAUCCGCCAAUGUAAAGUGUUAUCAAAGUGGCGCGGCGUUGAGUAAUGCGAAGUGAAGCGUAAACAAACCACAAAGGUGUCUUUUGUGCGCUAAUUUGUCUGUCGAGUGACGGUGGCAAGGCAAUGUCGUCAUGAAAUCAGUGAAAAUGUUUCUUAAUGUCGUAAUUAGUGUUGAAACGCCCUAAUAGAUGCGAUUUGAUGUGAUCGCGGAACAAAUGAAAAUAACUUUCGCAACAUUUACCCGCGGAAAAACAAUUAGUGAAUCCAUGAAUGACAUUGUUAUGUGUUGAUAAUGUUGAAGGGUGUUUCAACCAUCCUAGCUGUGUGUGCUGACAAGUGCUGCUGAAAGGACCUCUCAUCCUACCAUCAUACAAGGCUAGCGGCGCCCCGGAUUUCGUUGGGAUAGUUGAGAAAACACAAGGCAGCAGACAUGGCGGGUGCACCCAAGUGGGACAAGCUGUCUCCCAGCGAGUUUCAACAUCUGCAGGAGCUGGCAUCAUAUUCCACAAGAAAACUCCAAGAUGUAUUGCAGGAGUUUUGUGCACCAACGUCAUCUCCAAGAUUUAAUCCUGACGGGGAGAUCGAUUAUGAUGGAUUCCGUCGAUUUUUGGAUGCAUUUCUCGACUGUGAAGCGCCGGAGGAAAUCACCAAGCAUCUCUUCGUAUCGUUCCUUAAACCGAGUGUCACUCAAUCACAGCUCCAUGGGAAGGCACUCAAUCAAAUGGCGGCAAUCAGUAGUACAGCAGCAUGUGCCGCGGUUACAUCACAUACCAAAGGAUCGAUGCCAAACAUUAAUAAUCUAGUGGAUGUGCCCCAGAAUGUCCCGUCAGAACCAAGACAAAGUUUUGUGGAGAAAAUUCAUGGCAUUACGGACAAGAUACAAUCGUUUGGUCAUGGUCUAGGACACGAUUCGUCCAGUGAAAUGAAAUCGAAAACAGGAACCAUCCACCCAAUGGUUACCGUCACUCCUAGUCCUUUGGGUGGUCCGAGCGUGUUGCAGACAUCACGUCGUUCUGCCGAUUCCAGUCCAUCACAUUCUCAUAGUCAUAGUCAUUCACAAAUGUCAAGGAAUUCUUCGAAGAAGAGUAAUAAUUCGGUUAAUUGUAGGAUUGAAGAUAUUAAGCUGAUACCUAGGAAAUUAUCAUAUUUGGAUCCGUUAACAUUAAAAAUACUCCUCAAGGAUGUUGUCUGCUAUUUAUCACUGCUGGAGGCCGGGCGACCUGAAGACAAACUUGAAUUCAUGUUCCGGCUCUACGAUACGGAUGGUAAUGGAGUUUUGGAUACGGCCGAAAUGGACGCUAUUGUGAAUCAGAUGAUGUGCGUUGCCGAGUACUUGGGAUGGGACGUGUCUGAACUCAGGCCGAUCCUUCAAGAAAUGAUGGUGGAAAUCGAUUACGAUGCAGAUGGAACCGUGUCGUUGGAGGAAUGGCAACGUGGAGGUUUAACAACGAUUCCGCUAUUGGUUCUAUUAGGAGUCGAUAACACAUUGAAGGAGGAUGGCAUACACGUGUGGCGAUUAAAGCACUUUAAUAAGCCGGCUUAUUGUAACUUUUGCCUUAACAAAUUAGUCGGCUUGGGAAAGAAGGGUUUGUGUUGUGUCUUAUGUAAAUACACCGUACAUGAACGAUGCGUUCAACAUGCUCCGUCGAACUGUAUAUCGACUUAUGUUAAGUCUAAGAAAGCUAAGGGUGGAGAUCCUUUGAUGCACCAUUGGGUGGAAGGAAACUGCUACGGGCGAUGUUCGAAAUGUCGGAAACGUAUUAAAACUUAUCAUGGAAUUACAGGACGAACAUGCCGCUGGUGUCAUAUGAUGCUUCACAAUCGUUGCGCUUCAUCCGUGAAAAAGGAAUGCACUUUAGGCGAAUAUGCAAACCUCAUCGUUCCACCAACGGCAAUCUGUCCUGCUGUGCUUGACCGACAGAGAUCAGUUAACACAUCAAACAAUAAAUCUAAGCAGGCCCAAGCACAACACUUCCAGAUCUCUUCAACAUCCGGUACAUGUCCGCUAUUAGUUUUUGUCAACCCCAAAAGCGGUGGACGCCAAGGUGAUCGACUCAUGCGAAAAUUCCAGUAUAUCCUUAAUCCUAGGCAAGUGUAUGACCUAUCGAAAGGUGGACCGCUGGAAGGACUGACACUUUUCAAGGAUGUUCCAAGUUUUAAGGUGAUUUGUUGUGGCGGUGAUGGAACAGUUGGAUGGGUCCUGGAAGCGAUGGAUUCUGUUGAGUUUCGGUCACAGCCUGCCAUCGGCGUAAUUCCCCUGGGAACUGGAAAUGAUUUAGCCCGAUGUUUACGGUGGGGUGGCGGCUAUGAAGGUGAAAGCAUACCAAAGCUAGUGGACAAGAUAAGCCGAUCAACGACCGUCAUGCUAGAUAGAUGGAGUAUAGAAGUAACUAAUAACGCUCCCGUGGAGCGAAUUCCAAAGCCAAAGGUAACUCUGCACGAAAAUGUACAAAAGUUCGUCGAACUAUCUCAACGUAUAGUGGAAAAAUCUGUGAUACAAACCUUCCAAGAAGAAGUUCAAAAUACUACAACUACGACAAAGAGCACAGCCUCAGCUACAGCCUACUCAAGUGUGGAAAAUAAUCAGAAUACAAAUACCACAAAAAGCAUAUCAACAUCUAUAACGGAAAUAUCAUCCAUACAGGAAACGAAGAAUGGUGAAACUGUGAAGGAACAAGUGUCCUCGCGUUCUGAAACCAUAACUGAGAACGACAUAGGAGCGGAAGAUAAACCAGAUGAAAAGCAAAAUGAAGAUGUGGAUCAAAGUCAGUGCGAAAGCAAGGAUAGUAAUAGCCUCAGAGCGGAGGAUUCAUCAUCGACUACAGACAUUCAAGCGAAAGUCCUAAAUGAAAUAACAAAUAAGCCUUCGACGGGUAAAACCUUUUCGACUACGUUGACGGCUCCAACAGGAGCAACCACCCCGUCGGCACCGAAAAUAAUGGAUAUUCCGAUUCAGAGGCCGAUUAAGACGCAAUCAGAAAAGGAUUUCUGUGUUCCCUACAACAUCAUCAAUAAUUAUUUUUCCGUUGGAGUAGAUGCAGCAAUUUGCGUGAAAUUCCAUUUGGAACGGGAGAAGAAUCCGCACAAAUUCAAUAGUCGCAUGAAGAACAAGCUUUGGUACUUUGAAUAUGCAACGUCUGAGACAUUCGCGGCAUCCUGCAAGAAUCUCCAUGAAAAUAUCGAUGUUGUGUGCGAUGGAGUAUCUUUGGAUCUAGCAAAUGGACCACAUCUUCAAGGAAUCGCUCUACUUAAUAUUCCAUACACACAUGGUGGCUCGAAUUUAUGGGGUGAACAUUUAUCUCAGAAACGAAUGCGAAAAGGUGGACCAUUCCGGAAGGGCAAGAAACUAAAGUCAACGGAUAAGGAAUUGUCAGCGACGAGUUUUAAUUCAGUCGAUUUAUCAGUUGCUAUUCAAGUUUAUACCAAUUAUCGCUCCUUACCUCACACAUGCACAUCAAAUAAUCCUUUUCUCCAUUUUCACUCAACCAUUUCAGACUUUGGCGAUCGUCUUAUUGAAGUAAUUGGAUUAGAGAAUUGUUUACACAUGGGACAAGUAAGGACUGGAUUGAGAGCAUCAGGACGACGCUUGGCGCAAUGUAGUGAAGUUGUUAUAACGACGAGGAAGACAUUUCCAAUGCAAAUAGAUGGCGAGCCAUGGAUGCAAGCUCCUUGUACAAUAAAAGUUACGCACAAAAAUCAAGUUCCAAUGUUGAUGGCACCACGCUCUGAGAAAGGACGAGGAUUCUUUAGUUUUUUAUGUAGAUGACUUCCAAAGACCACUAAUCAGUCUACCGUCCAACAAGCAGACUAGUCUUAUAUGCUAAGAGUAUCUUUUCAAGAACAUAAGCUUGGCAUGUUGUAUGUACGAGCAAGGACUAGCGCCAUAUGCACUGUACAAUAUGUACGACCACUGUUCAUCUGAAAUCAAUGCUGACAGCAAAUUAGCUCUAAUUAUCUGUAUACUUGGGUAUUCUUAACUAAAGAUACAUAUUCUGUAAUACUAUGUAAUACUGUAAGGAUGGCAUUGUAGGUACGCAUGUAUUUGAAACAAAUAUCUGUAGCUACUUCGUUUGUGUUAUGUACAUUCUCUUAGCAAAUUUCUAUUGACACAAAAUGAACACGUAAAUAUAAUUACCAAUAAGUACUCUAAUUACUAUAAAGGAUAAAGGAUAAUGUAAAGGAAGAGAAGUACAGCGAACACCUACCACUAACUAUCUAGAAAAUAUACAAAUUUUAUAUAGUAAACGUAUACACGUACAUUUAUGAAUAUGUAAACGAUGGAAAAACAAUGGUAAAGCUUUAAAUCAAUUUUUAAUAUAAUGUAUUUAUUAAAACAUUAUAUAUUAACCUUAAAUAGUGACAUAUGUAAAUUGCAUUAGUUAAUUAUACAAUUCGUCAAAUCCAUAAGUUAAUUCCCAGAAUUUGUGGCACAUUUUAUUUAUAUUGAAUGAAAAUGGCAAUGAUCACUAUAAACGUGAUGAUUUAGCUUGUAUUUAUUUAGUAUCUGUGACGUUGCAAUAAAUAAGUGUUAAAUUAUCAUUAUUCGUUAUGUAACUCAUUAGCGGACGUAAUUAAAUCGAAAUCACGCAUUUAUUUUCAUCCUGUUAAAAACUAUCGAUCCUUUUGUUGUCUGUGUUAAUUUAAUGAAUUAUUGUCGAACGGAGUGCCCAAAUCUUGUAAGGUGUUUUUGAAGGAAAAGUUGUAUGUAUGUUACGAAGUGCAAACGAGAAAAGAUAUUGAUAUUAUAUCAUCACAAAAAUACAAUUACUGUCAACACAAAUUACAUUUAUUUUUUUUUUUUAUUAU